AAGCCCUUUCGUGCAUGUGUCCCACAGAAAUCCUUCAGCUAUCAACUCGAACCACAAUUAAUUAGAUUUAUUUAACUUGGAAAAAGUUAAUAAAUAACUCGGAUCUCGUAUUCGAAUGUCGUACGAAAGAAUACUCGGCCUCUCAUCUACUAUUGUGUCUCCAUUCAAGUCACCUGAUUGACUUUAAUUGCUUGUGUAACUGUUAGAAUAGGAAACGUUAAAAAAAUUGAAGCAACGAUCAAGAAUUGCAAAAGAAACGACAAAACAAAAAACAAAAAGGACAACACAAACGAACCCAGCAAGCAUUGAAGACAUCUGAGGAUUAAUUAACCAAUUUAGUUUCUAGUUAAUUUUACCAAGACGUCAAAUUCCUCACUUUACAAUUUCAAUUUAAAGAAAUUGUAUAAAAAGAAAGCUUAAGUGUUAAAUUUGCUUUUUCUUAUGUAUUAUCUCUUAGCGAUAAAUAUAAAGGAAGAGAAUAAUAUCUUGUAAUUGUUAAUUUUCCCUCUUGGCUUUCAGCCGAGGGGAUUUUGUGAACCAUAUAAGAUUGGAAUAGUGGCUUUAUUUAUAUUUUAAGGAAGUCUAUUCUGUGAUAAAUUAUAAGUGACGAUUCUAGUUAUAAUAACGUGUGACAAAACUAUAAUAAAAAUAAUAUAAAAAAAAUAAAAUAAGUCCUUAAGAGAAACAAAAAACAAAAAAAAUAAAAAUAAUAUAAAAAAAACAAAAAAAAAAGUUUUAAGUUCUAAUUUAAGAUAAGUAAAAUCAACCAAACUCGAGAAUGUCAAACAAUCCUCAGUGGAAAUCUUUCCAGCCGCCAAAUCUAUCAGACACUUCGAUCAUAGACUUCAAGCCAAUGCGGGGUGGAGGUUACCAACGAGGGUACAGCGAUUCUUAUGAUCCAUUAGUGAAGGACAUGGCUAAUAAUUUAUUUUCGCAAUCGCACAACUUCAGUAAUUACAAUGUAUUUGGAGGAGCAAACAACUCGAGCCAGCCGAGCGAUAAUUCUACAAUGGGAGGAAGGUUCCCAAUCGGUACUUUCAUGGGUACAGAAGGUACAGAACUGUACAAUGGUGAUUCUUCUGGUUCAAACAAUACGUUUAACAUGAGCAAUAAUACUAAUAAUAUUUAUACAGAUACGACACUUAAUAAUCAAGGCCCAAGGGAAACUGGUAUUAUUGAAAAGCUCUUGCAUUCUUACGGAUUCAUCCAAUGCUGUGAACGCCAGGCACGUCUGUUCUUUCACUUCAGCCAGUUCGACGGCAACAUUGAACAUUUGAAAAUUGGCGAUCCAGUUGAAUUUGAAAUGACUUACGACAAAAGGACUGGUAAACCAAUAGCAAGUUCAGUUUCAAAAAUUGCACCUGAAGUGGUUUUGAGUGAAGAGAGAGUAACUGGCACUGUAACUACUGAACUGCGCAUUGACGGUUCGACUGCAGGUGGGGAUGUCCAGGGGCGAAUUUCAUAUGAAAACCGAGGCGAGUGCUUCUUUUUGCCCUACAACAAAGAUGAUGUCGAAGGGAACGUAACGCUUAGAACGGGUGACAAGGUUUCAUUUCAGAUAGCAACUAAUCCAAGGGGUAACUUGGGUGCUACUCACGUUCGUCUUGAAAAUCCAGCACAUCCAGUGAAAUAUCAAGGUGUGGUCUGUUCAAUGAAAGAGUCCUUUGGGUUCAUCGAAAGAGCCGAAGUUGUAAAAGAAAUUUUCUUUCAUUUCUCCGAGGCGAAGACUAAAGAGCCUUUACAAUUAGGGGAUGAUGUCGAAUUCACAAUACAAACAAGGAACGGAAAAGAAGUUGCAUGUAACAUUACAACUCUCCCUACCGGAACUGUUGUUUUCGAAGAUGUUUGCAAUGAGACAAUUAAAGGGCAGGUCUUGAAACCUAUUGAAAGAGGACAACCUAGACAUCAAAAUACAGAUUCGCUCCCUGGUAGAAUUCGAUACAGGGCUCCAGAUCACAGUGAGGUGGAAGUCCCUUUUGGUGACAAGGACCAACAAGGAGAUUUCACAUUGAGACAUGGUGAUUGGGUUGAGUUUAGGAUAGCGACUGACAGACGUGAUCAGCUCCAGAGAGCUACAAACAUAUCCCUCCUCCUAGAGUCUUUUGCGGUUUCUGGUGAACGGCGAGAGCAGGGGGCUAUAGCUGCAGUCAAAGAUAAUUUUGGUUUUAUUCGUUGUGCUGAUAGGGAUGCUAGGAUUUAUUUUCAUUUUAAUGAAGUUUUGGAUGUAGAUGCAAAUAUUAGUGUUGAUCAAGAAGUUGAAUUCACAGUAGUUCAGGAUCCAAUGACAAAUUUCACAAACCAGAAAAUGUGUGCUGCAAUACGGAUUAAAAUGCUUCCUCCAAAGACAGUCAUUUUUGAAACGAUGGUAGAAAAAAAUUGCGAAGGACUUGUAACCAAAGAGGCAAGUUGGAACGGGCGUUCCCCGACUAAAAAUAACGGAUCAGUAGAAAAACCAAGCGACAAUAAUGGUCUAAUUCUUUACACCAGUAAAGACGGCACAAAAAAGAGCAUCAGCUUUAGUCCAAAGACUUGUAUCGGACCUAAUCUUCCUGCUCUUGGUGAUAAGGUGGAAUUCAAUGUGAAUCAAGUGAAACGGACAAAAGAAUUGAAAGCAGUCGAUGUUAGGUUAGAAACAUCUGGGAAUAACUCACCAAAUGGGAUUUUACUUCCAACUCCAUCCAAUGCUUCUUUUGUUCCAAAUAAUAACAAUAUUAACAAUGGUGUACGAAACGGUAACCAUUCAACACAUCAGGGAUACAUAGCAGCAUUAAAAGAUGGCUUUGGCUUCAUAGAAACAGACACUCAUGAUAAUGAAGUCUUCUUCCACUUCAGUAAUUUUAACGGAGGAAUAUCUAACUUGGAAUUAGGAUCAGAAGUUGAGUAUACCGUCAGCUCACGCACAAGUGUCGGGGGUUGCUGUGCUUCUGCUGAAAAUGUAGUACUCCUUCCAAAAGGGACAAUAAAUCCAAACGUGACAGUAUGCGAGGAGUUACUUUCUGGAAAAAUAGCCAGACCGUUGAGGAGCGUGAACCCAGAACAGUCAACAUAUCCUGGUCUGAUUAAAACUUCAGCACUUACAGAGGGAGAAGAAGGAGCUGAGUAUGAAUUCGGUAUAACUGGAUUAGCAAAUAAAAGGGAGUUGCUCCAAGUAGGAGAUGCAGUGCAGUUCCAGGUGGAUAGUGAAGGUCGUGCUGUAAACAUAGUUGCCAUAAGAAAAAAGAAAAAGUCAACUGUAGAUUCUAUUAAAGGUCAAUUUGGUUUUUUGUCUUACGAACUUGAAGAAGGCAAAAAAUUGUUUUUCCAUAUGACUGAAGUUAAAGAUGGAGGGGUUAAUUUACAACAAGGUGACAGUGUUGAGUUUGUUGUGGUAACAAAUCAGAGAACUGGAAAAUCGUUUGCUUGCAACGUUACUAAAAUUGCUGAUGGUACAAGCAAUACAGCAGCUGCUCGACCAGAACGCCUAAUGCUGCGGCGAUCGUUGCCGACUGGCGAAGAGGGUGGUCCUCGACUAGUUGUUGUGAGGCAGCCACGUGGCCCUUCGGAUGUACCUUUCUCAAAACUAGCCAGGGUACCACGCCCUCCUGGACACUUACCUAUCCUAACAGCAGAAAUGCUACAUCAGUGGUUCUACUUUUCGCAAAUAAGAUACUAACUUACAAACGAGUCUGAGGUUAAUUUGAUUUUUGGAAUUUUAUUUUACAACGUAAAUUUUGUUUGAAGGGCGUAUCUUUAGUGUUUUGGUAAAAGAGGACUAAAUUUGUUUCAAGAUAACAAGGAGAUCCAUCGACUUCUUUUCUACAUGAACAAAUAAUAAUGUUUCAACGAUA